AUGCUCGCCUCAUCCAGAACCGCCCUGCGUCAAGCUGCAUCUAAGCAGAUCUGCCUGAGGACCGGAGUCAGAGCUGUCUCUGCAUGGUCCAACGUCCCCCAAGGCCCUCCUGAUGCCAUUCUCGGUAUCACUGAAGCCUUCAAGGCCGACUCUCACCCCCAGAAGAUCAACUUGGGUGUCGGUGCCUACCGUGAUGACCAAGGCAAGCCCUAUGUGCUCCCCUCCGUGAAGGAGGCCGAGAAGAAGGUCGUCGAUUCGAACUUGGACAAGGAGUACGCCGGCAUCACCGGUGUUCCUGCCUUCACCAAGGCGGCUCUCGAGCUCGCCUACGGCGCCGACUCUGCCCCCCUCAAGGAGGGCCGCAUCGCCGUCACUCAGACCAUCUCCGGCACUGGAGCCCUCCGCAUCGGCGGAGCGUUCCUCGAGCGCCACUACCCCGGAGCGAAGACCAUCUACAUCCCAACGCCGUCAUGGGCCAACCACAACGCCGUCUUCAAGGACUCUGGCCUCAAGGUCGAGAAGUACAGGUACUACAACAAGGACACGAUCGGCCUCGACUUCGAUGGCUUGAUCGAGGACAUCAAGAGCUUCCCCAAGGGCAGCAUCGUGCUGCUCCACGCCUGCGCGCACAACCCCACCGGCGUCGACCCCACCGAGGAGCAGUGGAUCAAGAUCGCAGAGGCCGUGAAGGAGGGCGAGCACUACCCCUUCUUCGACAUGGCCUACCAGGGCUUCGCCUCCGGCGACACCAACAAGGACGCCUUCGCCCUCCGCCACUUCAUCAAGGAGGGACUCCUCCCAUCCCUCUGCCAGAGCUUCGCCAAGAACAUGGGCCUCUACGGCGAGCGUGUCGGCGCGUUCUCCAUCGUCUGCGAAUCCGCCGAGGAAAAAGCCCGCGUAGACUCACAAAUCAAGAUCCUCGUCCGCCCGCUCUACUCCAACCCUCCCGUGCACGGCGCCCGCAUCGCCUCGACCAUCCUCAACGACCCCGCGCUCAACAAGCAGUGGCUCGGCGAGGUGAAGGGCAUGGCAGACCGCAUCAUCACGAUGCGCGCGCUGCUCAAGUCCAACCUCGAGAAGCUCGGCUCCAAGCACGACUGGAGCCACAUCACGAGCCAGAUCGGCAUGUUCGCGUACACGGGGCUCAAGCCCGAGCAGAUGGACGCGCUCGCCAAGGAGCACUCCGUCUAUGCGACUAAGGAUGGCAGGAUAUCGGUUGCCGGUAUCACGAGCGGGAAUGUCGAGCGUCUUGCUGAGUCGAUUUAUAAGAUCACGGGAUAG